CUUUUCCUCCUCCACCGCCACCUUCUUCUCCCCGCAGCCUCUCUCCCGCGAGCUCCUCCCAUGGCCGGCGCCGCCCGCCCCCCGAGCUCCCUCUUCUUGGGGCCCCCUCUCUUUUUCCGCGGCGCAGCUCUGCCUUCCUCCCAUGGCCCUCUAGCCACGCGCGCCGCCAGCGCCGCCUCUCCCCGUCGCCGCGCCACUCUUCCUCUCCCCGGCCUCGCGCGCGCGCCUCCCCUGCUCCGCGUCUCUGCCCCGCGCUCGCCCACACGCCCUUGCUCCCCACGCCGCCCGAGCUCCGCCUGCCCGCGCCUCCACCUCGUCCGCGCCUCCCUCUGCUCCGCCCUCCACCGCGCCCGUUGCGCGCGUCGCCCGCGUCCGCCCCACCUCACCGCCGAGCGCCCUUGCCUGCUGCUCCCCACCGGUGCGCCUCUUGUGUCCCGCAAGCUCCGUCGCUGCGGCUCCUCCACCACGCCGCCAAGCUCCUCCGGUCGCCAGCUCCUCUGCCGCGCGAGCUCACCGCUGGCAGCGCAUCUUCUCUACCUCUGCCCUUCUUUUUCCCCACAAAAUCACCGGCGCCGCCUGCCUUACUCCCCCGCGCUGCCUCCACCUCUUGCGGCCCAACUCGCCAGGCCUAGCCGAGUCCCCUGCUGGUCCAUCUUCUCCAGCCCUGCUCAGCCCGACCGUGCAGCCCAGCACGCCCAAGCCCAGCGCCUUCGUGUGCUUGCUGCUGUGCUACUGUUACCGCUGCUCCGCGAGUGCUUCGCCGUGUCGCUGCCCAAGUCCUUGUUGUGCGCUGUGAAGACCGAAGAACCUCCGAGCCGGAGCCGUGAACGACUACUCCGCCGCGACGACUACGUACGAGGAGCCGCGAACACCUACGUGUACGACUACCUCGACCGUACGGCUACUUCGACGACGUUGAUUACAUCGACUACGCCGUGGCACGCAACAAAGUCUGCGAUUCCUACGACGACGACUACGCUUGUGUUCUUCUUCCAGGAUUCUUGCUCAAUUCUGGGCAAUUGAGUACUCCAGGCAAACAGUCCUUCCUUGACCAUGUCGAUUAUACCUAUUGCUUCUCCCUCAGUCUUGCAUUAAGUUACGAUAUCAGUCUUGUCACGAUGCCUCUAGGUUGCAUAGCUUAUUAGUCAGCUCUACUUAUUGCCUUAUGUCUUGUUAUUUGUCCUAUUACCAUGUCACAUGUUUGUUGUUGCCCUACAUCUUGGUCAUUAGAUGUCAUGCUUAGUUGCGAGUCUGGUGUCCUUUUAUCAGGGGUUUCACAAUUGCUACAUCCACAUGCUACUUCCUGUAUUCAAAUUGCAAUUAUUAAACCGUGAUAUGAUAUUAAACUGUAACAAGGCAACGAUGGGAGGCCGUGCUCUAACGCAUUGGUGAU